AUGGCAUCACAACCACCCUUAUGGCGCUCGGCGCUCAAGCCUGAGAUAAGUCAGCAGGUUAUUCAUCACCAAUACACCGGAUCUGGUACGGAAGCAGAUCCUUUUAUUGUUUUUUGGCUCACCGACGAUCCUCAAAACCCGUUCGCCUUCACUGAAACAUCUAAAUGGAUCAUUACUAUCAUCGUCUCGCUUGCGACGCUCGCAGUCUCUCUUAUAUCGUCUGCCUACGCAGGGGGUCUCAAUGAAAUCAUCAACUCACUCCAUACAAGCCAAGAACUCGCAUUCCUGGGAAUAUCUGUCUUUGUGGUAGGCUUUGCGGUGGGUCCUUUGUUCUGGGCGCCAUUGAGUGAAACCUACGGACGACGUCCUAUUUUCAUAUUCAAUGCAAUUUCGUUGACAGCCUUCACGGCUGGUGCAGCUGCCUCAUCGAGUAUACAUUCACUCAUAAUAUUUCGCUUCUUGGCUGGCAGCUUUGGCUCAGCACCUAUGGCCAUCUCCGGGGGUGUCAUCGCCGACACAUUCUCAGCCACGAUGAGAGGACUUGUAUCAGGUCUGUACUGUGCUGCUCCCUUCAUGGGCCCUGCUCUUGGACCAGUCAUCGGGGGCUAUUUAGCCCAGGAGAAGGGCUGGCAAGCAGUUCAGUGGCUCCUAGUUGCAUUUUCUGGUGCUAUUCUGAUAAUUAUGUCUGUCCUGCUCCCUGAGACCUAUGCCCCUGUUCUGCUACGACAACGAGCAGCGAUCCUGGCGAAGAAGACUGGUCAUGUCUAUGUCAGUAAAAUGGACUCGGAGCAAGGAAAAGUUCAAAUGGCAAAGAAGUUGGGUUCUGCUUUGUCACGACCUUGGAUCCUUCUAUGCUGUGAGCCCAUCGUGUUCUUGCUAUCUCUAUAUCUUGCCAUAAUCUAUGGCACCCUUUACAUGCUUUUUGCUGCAUAUCCAAUUGUUUUUCAAGGGGCUCGCAAAUGGGAUGAGGGUACGACGGGUCUUACUUUUGUUGGAGUCAUGAUCGGGAUUCUGUGCGGCAGCGCCUAUACCAUCCCCAUGUACUACCGAUAUAAGAGAAAGUCAUCGGAGUCAAGCACUCCCGUGCCACCUGAAGCCCGUCUGGCAGAUGGCUUCUUGGGGGCUAUCACACUUCCAAUUGGCCUUUUUAUGUUCGCAUGGACAAAUUCUCCUUCGGUUCAUUGGUUGGUUUCGGUCGCCGCGGGGGUUCCCUUCGGCUUUGGAAUGCUGACUGUGUUUCUUGCCGUCCUCAACUAUCUCGUUGAUGCAUAUACAAUUUAUGCUGCUUCGGUGUUAGCAUCAACCACCUUAUUGCGAUCUUUAUUUGGUGCCGCAUUCCCGCUUUUUACAGGCUACAUGUACGAAGCUCUGGGGAUCCACUGGGCAUCUUCAGUUCCAGCAUUUCUUGCCUUGGCUUGUUUACCGAUUCCAUUUAUGCUCUCUCGAUACGGCUCGAAAAUUCGAGAGAAGUGUCACUACGCUGCUGAGGCCAGUGCGAUAAUGAGGCAGCAUUUGGAAAGUCUUUCAAAGGCUCCAAUACAAAGAAAUAGUGCGGAACAAGAGAAAAUCGUGCUCAAGUCUUGA